CCGGCGAUCUUGGCCUUUGCACGUUCUUGCCUGCAGUGUUUGUCCGUUAUCUUCCUCCGCCUCUUGAGUGGCCAUGAGCUGGGCUGUGGCAGUUCUGCGGGUCAGCAGGGGAGUGAGCUCUGCGGGAGCAGGUUUCCCGUGCCCGGGGAUGGCUCUGAGUCCCCGUGGCACAGCACAGGUGCCGCUCAGGGGCGCCUGGCCCUGCACCCCCGCGGCCAAGAUGGCGACUGUGAAGAGUGAACUGAUGAAGAAGUUCACUUCAGAGGAGCCGGUUCGCCGCAACAAGGUCUCCAUUGUAGGAACUGGGUCAGUUGGCAUGGCCUGUGCUAUCAGCAUCCUACUAAAAGGCUUGAGUGAUGAACUUGCCCUUGUAGACCUUGAUGAAGGCAAGCUGAAGGGUGAGACGAUGGAUCUUCAACAUGGCAGCCCUUUCAUGAAAAUGCCAAAUAUUGUUUGCAGCAAAGAUUACCGUAUCACUGCAGACUCCAACCUAGUGAUUAUCACAGCAGGAGCACGCCAAGAAAAGGGAGAAACGCGCCUAAAUUUAGUCCAGAGAAAUGUGACCAUCUUCAAAGGAAUGAUUUCCAGUAUUAUCCAGUACAGCCCCCACUGCAAACUGAUCGUUGUUUCCAAUCCAGUGGAUAUCUUAACUUAUGUAGCCUGGAAGUUGAGCACUUUUCCCAAAAACCGUGUUAUUGGAAGUGGCUGUAAUCUGGAUACUGCUCGUUUUCGUUUUUUGAUUGGGCAAAAGCUUGGUAUCCACUCUGAAAGCUGUCACGGAUGGGUCCUUGGAGAGCAUGGAGACUCAAGUGUUCCUGUGUGGAGUGGAGUGAACAUUGCUGGUGUCCCUUUGAAGGAUCUGAAUGCAGAUAUAGGAACUGAUGAAGACCCUGAGCAAUGGGGAAAUGUCCACAAAGAAGUGAUUGCCAGUGCCUAUGAGAUUAUUAAAAUGAAAGGUUAUACUAAUUGGGCCAUUGGCCUAUCUGUAGCUGAUUUAACAGAAAGUAUUUUGAAGAAUCUGAGGAGAACACAUCCAGUUUCCACCAUAAUUAAGGGCCUCUAUGGAAUAGAUGAAGAAGUAUUCCUCAGUGUUCCUUGUAUCCUGGGAGAGAAUGGUAUUACCGACGUUAUAAAAAUAAAGCUGACCCCUGAAGAGGAGGCCCGUCUAAAUAAGAGCGCAAAAACACUUUGGGAAAUUCAGAAGGAGCUCAAACUUUAAACUAUCAUUCUGAAAUUAUUGAAGAAGAGAGAGUAGAUAUAGGAUUGUAUAUGUCAAACUUUUGAAUUAACUUGAAUUCCUAAAAGAUGGAAACGGAAAAAUUGGUAGAGUGACUUCCCUGUUUAUUUAGCAUUUCAGAUCUGGAUGAUACUUAACGUUUUUACAGUUCCUAAAUAACUAUAUGAAAGAAGCUGUUUAUGGUGUCUCUGAUGUGCCAGUAUUUGCCUUGUAUGUAUAUGUAGUUGCCUUUUGCUCCCACCCCACCCCCCCGCAAAAAAAAAAAGCAGGUUGUAGGUGUUAUGUUCUAGAAAUUCUGAUUCUUUUCAUUAGAUACAUGUUAGUUCUUUCACUCUGGCUGACUUAAUACCUAA